CAAAGAGUAAACACAACUCCACUACCCGCAUAUUUGUUAAUUGCUAGCCUAAGGUUUAUACAUGUUUUUUGAUAUGUUUCGAACACUUGUGGAAUUGAAAUGAAUAAGAUCUAUCAGAAUGCGUAGUCGCUCCAGUAUUUGUGGCGGCAGAUCUACUAGAUGUCAGGCAUCAGUCGCUUGCUUCAUCAUUAUUGCUGUCGUACUAGCGACAUUCUUGUACUUUCGGUUUCGACACCACGCCCCUCCUCUUAGUGCCAUUCACAAGCGGCGGGUAAGCAUGCGAGGUUGCGAUGGCAACAUAGAGGUUUAUGCUCAGGACUUUGUCGUUCUUCAUUACGCAAAACAUGUUCACGGGGACCAUUUUGCUGUGCCGUGUAGCGGUCCACUACCAUGGUACAGGUUUAUAUACCAGUGGGGUCGGCCUUCCCCGUUACAAACAUGGAUUCAACAUCUACAUGCUUAUCAACCCAGUAUAGCGGAAAGCAACAAAGCGAAACAUGCUACCGAUUCAGUGUAUGUCAUACAACGCAUCGAAGCUCAUAAUCUCUACCACACUUUAUGCGAAUGGAUGAAUGUGUUUAUUGUUUCACAGAUUCUGAAAUUGAACACUUCUAAUGUGGAUAUUAUGUUUAUUGAUGAUAGGCCGUACAAUUCCUUAGAGUCUGUUUGGCGUACUCUGUUUGGAAAUGUAUAUAGUCAUAAUGCUACUGACAAAGGCAUAGUGCACCGACGAAUUGUGUGGAAUAUGAUAGGCUACAUCAGUCCUGCAAAUAACCAUGACUUGCCAGAACUUCCGUACAUUGAAGAAUUUCAGACCUUUGUAUUGGAUGCCUACGGUAUAAAAAAGAGGUAUCAUAUUGACUGCAAGAAUGUGCAAGUUUCAAUCAUAUAUCGAAGAGACUAUAUUACACAUCCAGAGAGAAUAACUAAAAUGAAGGGUUUAGUACAGCGUAAAUUUCGUAACGAGUUGGAAAUUCUUUCUUCAGUAAAAGUUGCAAUUCCGCUAUCUACCGUGACAACUUUAGUUCUAGAAGAGAUGAGCAUGCGCGAACAACUAUCCGUCAUGGCAAACACUGAUAUCCUGAUUGGCAUGCAUGGGGCCGGGCUUACGCACGUAUUGUUUGUACCAGACCACGCAGUCCUGUUUGAGUUGUUCCCUAAUCACCAUUCACAAGAGAUUUAUAAGCACUUCCGAACAUUCUCAAAAUGGAGAUUUUUGAAAUACAUUAUGUGGCAAAAUGACAACGACGCUCUUGAAUUUGAUGAUUUGUCAACGUAUGUUCCCCCUGAGGUUAUAAUUGAAAAAUGCAGAUAUAUAAGACGAUAUUUGUGCAGUUAAAUGCAUUAAUAAAAUGAGUGUUGA